AUGUAUCAUGCCAUUAAAGAAUGGGGUGGAACUCCUUUUGGCUUUAUUGAUGAUGUGACUAUUACCGUUGAAGCAAGAAAAGUUUUUGGUGCUAUUUGGCAUCUUGGUGGCGUGCAAAAAGGUAUGCGAGGGUCUGCAGUCAGAUCACUGUAUAUUGCUUGCGUGAGACCAAUUGUUGAAUAUGGCUUAGAAAUUUGGCAUCAUAAAAUCUUGAAAGGAGAAAUCCACAAGUUGGAAGUAAUGCAGAACAUGGCUUUAAGAAGAAUUGUUGGUGCUUAUCGCACAACUCCUAUUGCGGUAUUACAAAAGGAAGCUGGUAUAAUGCCAUAUAGUAUUAGGCUAAAAUUUAUGGUGGCACGAAAAGCUAUUCGUUUACACCUAAAUAUUAGCAAAACUAAUCCUAUUAAUGGUCAUUUGUUAACAUUGAUUGAGAAAUCUCCAAUUGCAAAGCUAACAACGCUUUACAUAUUGGCGAAAGAUGAUAGAGACUACAUGAUUAAAAAGGAUGAAAAACGAAAAUGCAAGAGGGUUGAACCUCUUACACUGAAACAACAACAGAAUCAGACGAUUGGAAUUUUGAAGAAACAAGCAAUGGAAGAAUGGCAGGAAAUGUAUUGGAACAGCAGUAAGGAUCUGUGGUAUCCUAAUAUCACAGUGGAGUCGAAAUGUACUGAUAACCUUUCCAAAAUGGUCACUGGAGUGAUCAUGAAGAAAGAUAGUGGAAGGAUCUUGAGUAAUAUUACUCAGUUUCGCACAGGCCAUGGCAACUUUGGCGCAUGGUUUAAAAAGUUUGGAAUUGAAAAGGAUAGUUACAACUGCAAAUGUGGAGAGCUGGAAACAGUUCAGCACAUUUUGGUUGAGUGUCCUUUUCUUGAAGAGGAAAGAAAAGGACUGAAACGGAUAUCUCCAGAGAUAGACAUGUCGAUUCUCUUAAACAGUUUAACUAAAUUACAAGAGAUUGUAAGCUCUAUCUCUGCUUGGAGGGAUUAA